CCAAAAUCUAACAAUCAAUGAUUGCCGUAUUAAUAGUAUUAGUAAUAAUAAUAGCCAACAAUUGGUUCAACAAAUCAAACAAGAGUUUAAAGACUUAACACUUAAUAAUAAUACUAAUAAUGAAAGUUGUAGUAAAGAUCAGCAAACAAUGGCCGCUGCCGUCGGGGAUUGGCAACAUUUUUUCGCCCAACAUGCCGGACCUCUUUUUCCCGACUUUCCCCGUCGAUGGACAGCCAUCGACGAAAUAGAUAUGUUUUUCAGAUGGAAAAUUAAUGACAUGUCCUCACAGCAAACAUCUAAUAGGUUUGCCGCAUAUUAUGCCAAAUCAUUGGUACCGUUGGCACAGGCUAAAAUGUGGCUUAUGGAUGCUUGGAUUCAACCGUUACCUGGUCAGGCAUUAACAAUGUUAACCAAAUGUCAAAAUAGGCUAAAAGAGUUUGGCGAAACAUUAAUUUUUCUGCCAGAGUUUGAACGAAAUGGUGCAAUCGGUGGCGGCGGCGGCGGCUAUGGAGGAGGCGGCGGCUAUGGCGGCGGCGGCUAUGGAGGAGGCGGCGGCUAUGGCGGCGGCGGCUAUGGCGGCGGCGGCUAUGGCGGCGGCGGCUAUGGAGGAGGCGGCGGCUAUGGCGGCGGCGGCUAUGGAGGAGGCGGCGGCUAUGGCGGCGGCGGCUAUGGCGGCGGCGGCUAUGGAGGAGGCGGCGGUUAUGGCGCUAUCUAUGGCUAUGAAUAUGGCGUUGGGGGAGGAGGUAUAGCUGAUGGCGCACAUCAUAUCCCGGCCGGCGGACAUCAUCAUCGGUCGAUAGCGGCUACGUCGGCAUCGCCGCUACAGUCGCCCGUAUCGUAUGGUUUGUCGGAAACAUCAACAACAACGGCAACACUGAUGGCUCCACAACAGAACCGACAACCGCUGGUCAAAGCUGGCGGCGGUUGUGUUGAUGGCGUCGAUUCAGUAUCGACUCAAUCAUCAUCGGAUAACUCGUGCAAACAAAUGGACGAAGACUUUGUUAUGGAUACGGCCGACCCGAAUAGUAAUACAGUUAUGGCCCGAACUCCGUCACCGAAACAUAAGACGACAGCAACAACAAGACAUGCAUUUAAACACAAAGGUUCACCAUUUGUCUGUCCCGGCGAACCACUACCAGUUCCCACACAAAAGGAAGCAUUUACUGCACUAAUUCAACGAAGUACUGGAUCUAAUUGUAGUUUAAUUGGUGGCGAAAACAGUGGUAACAAUAACAACAACGGUUUGAUGGCUACCAGUCCGCCGACUACACCGAAUGCCAUUCAUAAAGCUCUCCAGCGAUACGAUUCAAAUACAGUUCGUUUGGGAUCGACUGUGAUAAUGUCAUUGAAAUAUGACGCCAAAGCUGAUCUCUGGUCGAUAGCGACAAUUGUCUUUCAAUGUCUCACUGGAAAGGCUUUUCCGUUUCAAGCGUCGACACCUCAAGCGUUGAAAAAUUUUUACGAAAAAAAUCCCGAUUUGAAACCAAAGAUUCCGAGCGGAACGUCACCCGAAUUACGCGAUUUCCUGACCCGACUGUUGCGCCGCAAUGCCAAAGACCGGAUGGAAUUCGACGAGUUUUUCAAUCACUCAUUCUUCCGGUUAGUUCCCAGUAAAGCAAUGGCCGUCCGACAGCCGCUACAGUCGCCCGUAUCGUACGGUUCGUCGGAAACGACUACAACAACACUGUUAGCUUCACAACAGAACCGACAACCGCUGGUCAAAGCUGGCGGCGGUUGUGUUGAUGACGUCGAUUCAGUAUCGACUCAAUCAUCAUCGGAUAACUCGUGCAAACAAAUGGACGAAGACUUUGUUAUGGUUACGGCCGACCCGAAUAGUAAUACAGUUAUGGCCCGAACUCAGUCACCGAAACAUAAGACAACAACAACAACAACAACAACAAGAAAUGCAUUUAAACACAAAGGUUCACCAUUUGUCUGUCCCGGCGAACCACUACCAGUUCCCACACAAAAGGAAGCAUUUACUGCACUAAUUCAACGAAGUAUUGGAUCUAAUUGUAGUCUUAAGUGGCGGCGACAGCAACAGUGGUAACA